AUGGAUGCGGCGUUCAUAUGGAAACUCUCCAAACUCGGUCGCAUCGGUUCCACACGUCAAAGGUACGACGAUGAUUUUGCCGAUCGUCUCAACUAUCAGUACACCAGCGUCCUUCUCUUCCUCUUCAUCGGACUUAUUGGUAUUCGACAGUACGUUGGUACGUCUGCCUUGCUUUCCAAACCCCUCGAAUUCAUUCUUUGA